AUGGUUCGUAAAUGUUGUGUUUGCUCACAAGCUAAUCAAAAAGGUAUUAGCAUGUUUAGAGUUCCUCUAUCUGAUCCUGCUCGUACGAAAUGGUUUGAAAUAAUUGGUGUUAAGGAAUCUAUACCAAAUAAGUUGUAUUUUGUGUGUGAAAAUCACUUUGAAGAAAAUGAUAUUCAAAAUCCAAAUUCAUACACAAAAAAACUAAAAUUAAGUGCAUUUUCAAUGCGUUUGUUGGAAAAUGAACUAAGUGCUGUAAUAACUCCAGACAUUGAUAGUGAAGAUCUAAAGUUGAACUCAAACCAGUUAUCUCUUAGUAGAAGUUUUAUUACAUCACCUGGCAUUAAUAAUGAUGAAUCAGUUAAUGAGUUAGUACAACAGGAUUAUUAUGACUGCAAUGAAAAUAGUAUUAUGUUAACACCAAAAAGAAUUAAUGAACAGCAAUUAAAUAUUUUACAGUCACCGGACUUCAAUAGUAGUGUAUGUUCUAUUUGUGAUACAAGAAAAUAUUUGCUAAGUUUAAAAAGAUAUUAUGAAAAUAAAAUUGCUGAAAUUUUGGUAAAAGAAGCUGAAUUACCGAUUGAUUGCUCUUGUGACAACAAUGAAACAACUAACCAUCUACAAACUAUUGUCCAACCAUUAUGUGAGUUGACUCCUAGAAGUAAGACAAGACGAGACAUUUUGUUAGACCAUUCAUAUGAGUGUUCACCUAGUAAAAUUAGGAAAAAGUUUAAAUCCACAACUGAAAAACAACAUAUGACAAAAUUGAUGACUGAAAAUGCUAUACAAAAAUCAAAACGAAAUAUAACACAAGUUAAAAAAGUAAAAGUUUUGUUGAGAAAUUUAAAGAUGAAAUGUGGUUUACAAGAAAAGGUAUCUUCAUUCAUAGAAAAUAAUUUCUCAUCAUCAAUGAACGAAAUUGUGAAUAAACUCGUACAAAAAAAGAAAAAUUAUACUAAAGAGUUAAGAGCAUUCGCAUUAACACUAAACUUUUAUUCACCAAAGGCUUAUAACUUUAUACGUAGCGAAUUUGGACAAAGUUUACCACAUCCCACUACUUUAAGAUCUUGGUACCAUGAAAUAAAAGUGAAAGAAGGAUUAACUGAUGAAUCAUUUAAGUCAUUAAGUAUUAAAAGUCAAGAGUAUCGAGCUAACGAAUGGGACGGACAAAUUUGUCAUGGAUUUAGUAGUAUUGGUAAAGAUUACCAGACAUCUGAUCCUACAUUGAAAGCAGCAACUCAGGUACUUGUGUUGUUAGUAGUUGCAUUAGAUUCUCACUGGAAGGUACCCAUUGGAUACUUUUUUCAUAAGGGUAUGACUGCUCAAGACACUGCUAACAUUGUUAAGGAUGCAUUAAUAAAGCUGUUUGAAAUCGGAGUACAAAUUCCUUCUCUUACAUUUGAUGGACCAACAAUACAUAUUAAUAUGGCCUCAAUACUUGGAGCAAAAUUAUCAUAUAAGGACUUGAAAAUUGAUUUUCCUCAUCCAUCAGAUGACACAAAAUCAAUAAAAUCACACCACCAAAUUAAAACAUCAGUUGGAAAUGUAGUAGCCAUGGAUAAUACUGAAAUAUUAUUUGCUACUCGAACUAAGACAACACGGUAUUCAGAUACACUUGCUGACCCAGGUGAUACCUUAAACAUAACAUAUCAAAGAAAGUUUGAUACAGAUUUUGAAGACAUUGAUAGUUUAGUUAUUGAAGAAGAUAUCUGUAAUACCUUACCAGACUUGGAAGAUAUAGAAGCAAAUGAACUUAUAUCUAUUGAAAUGCCACCAAAUUACUUUGUUUUAAGUGAUUACAUGGAUAAUGCUAUUGGGUUAAUAGCCGGAUAUGUAGUUCGAAUGGUUAUAAAACGGAUCAAAUGUACAGAUUGUAAUGCAGCUUUGUAUGGUGGCAAUCUGCAUGACAAUAGAAUCAAGUUAAUUCUACAAAAGACUCGAGGUGGACUUAUCAUUCCUGCACCAGAUGUCAUUACAGUUUGUCGUAGGACAGAACUGCUUUAUAAAAGAGCCAUACAUGAUAUCGCUGAAAUGAACGAAUUUGAUUUUGCUCAAAACUUGGCUGCAUCUGUGUUUGGACAACUUAAAACCAAUCAAACUGAAUUGGAUACAGAAUUAAUUACUACAGAAGAAGUUCCGUGUGCGUUUACUAUUGAAAACGGUGCAAUCGAAAGUACUGUAGAUUUACCAGAACUUCGAGAUAUUGGACGGUAUGUAGAUGUUAGAAUAACUGAUGAUAAAUUUAACUGCAGUGGAGAUCGUCUAACAGGUUUAGCUUUAUUGUCAGUCCACCGAGGUAUCCAAAUAGAUAUUGAAGAAAUAAUCAAUACAUUUUCCAGAAUGCCACGUAAAGUUGACUUUGUUUUAUGA